GCCCCCAGGUGGAGCGACAGGCAUCGGGCCCCCAGGGGGGCAUCGGGCGCCGGGCCCCCAGGCGGAGCGGCGGGCACCGGGUCAUCAGGCACGACAACGGGCAUUGGGUCACCAGGCAUCAGGCCAUCUGACUUGCCAGCGGGCACCGCAUCAUCUGGCAAGGCAGUGGGCACCGAGUCACCAGGCACGACAGUGGGUUCCGAGUCAACUGGCAUGACCACGGGCACUGGGUCAGACAUUGGAUCGUCUGGCUCGACAGCGGGCAUUGGGUCACCAGGCAUCAGGCAUGACAGCGGGCACUGGGUCACCAGGCAUCAGCGGGCAUCGAGUCAACUGGCCUAAUGGAAUCAUCAGGCUGGAUCAGUUCAUCAGGCUGGGUAGAAACAUCAUGCUGGGUAGAGGCAUCAGGCUGAAUUGUGG